GUCGUCGUCAAUAUUUGUUUGGCUUUCAUGUAGUCUACUCGCACUGUGUCGCAUGGGAGGAAACUUAUAAAUCAUUUUUACUUCUGUCUUGAAAGUGUAAAUAUCGAUAUAGACAUAGGUUAAAACGUAAUUGAAGUGUAGUAUGCCAACAAAGUUGUAGCCUGAAUAUUUUGUGAGUUGUGCAGCAUCUAAAAACAUAAGAUGUCUCGUCUAGACCUUGUUAUAUUUGGGGCCACUGGUUUCACGGGACUGAGGGUUGUGGAACAGCUAGCCAAGGUGGCCAAAAAAUAUCCAGCCAUGACAUGGGGGGUGGCGGGCCGAUCCCAGGCCAAACUUGAAGCACUGAUGGCCAAUAUCGGGAAAAAAAUCGGAGAGGAUAUGACCAGCAUCAGAAUAAUAAUAGCAGAGGUGACCAACGAAAGGUCACUGCAAGAUAUGUGCGAGCAAGCAAAAGUGCUGAUCAACUGCUGUGGGCCUUACCUAAUGUACGGUGAGCCAGUGGUAAAAGCGGCGGUGGAGGCGAAGACACAUUGUGUGGAUGUCAGCGGGGAACCUCAGUACAUUGAAAAUGUGCAACUCAAAUACAACGAUGCGGCGAAAGAGGCAGGUGUGUACAUCGUUAGCGCGUGCGGCUUCGACAGCAUUCCCAACGACAUGGGGCUGGUUUACUUACAGCAGAACUUCGAAGGUACUUUGAACUCGGUAGAAUCCUACGUCAGUGUUGAAGUGACACCGGAAUUUCAAAACGAAGCUGCCAAAAGCGGUAUCAUUCACUUUGGAACCUGGGAGUCUGCGAUCAUAAGCGCUGGCCGCUCAAAAGAACUUGUGCCGCUUAGAAAAAUGCUCUAUUCAGACGAUUUACCGGUUUUUGAGCCUAAACUGCGCGCAAAGUCAACAUUCCAUAAGCUAGAUGAGGACCAAUGGUGCGUUCCAUUUCCUGGCGUCGACGAAUCCGUAGUAUACCGCACACAGCGUUUCUUCCACGACCACGAAAACCAACGGGCCAUUCAGUUUAAAACUUACAUAAAGAUAGGGUCAUUAUGCACGGCCAUACAAACUGGCUUCGGGGGAGUUCUCAUCACCCUCUUAUCUAAAACGGCUCCUACUAUGAAGCUACUGCUGAAAUAUCCUAAGCUUUUCUCGGGCGGCAUGGUGACCUCCGAGGGCCCGACGGAAAACGUCAUGAACAACACAAAGUUCACAUUCGAGUUGUAUGGCGAGGGGUGGGAUAAGAAUACGGAUGUGUCGGAAAAGCCGAACAAGAAAGCAGUCGUUAAGGUGAAAGGUGUAAAUCCUGCAUAUGGGGCAACUGUCACUGCUGUGAUAUACUGUGCAAUCGCAUGUCUCACGGAACAAGAUAAAAUACCUGGGAUCGGCGGCGUUCUGACAACUGGGGCAGCAUUUCAUAAUACUAGUCUAAUUAAGAACCUCCACGAAAAUAAUCUGACCUUUGAAUACAUUCCAUGUUAAAUCAGUUUUCUUAGUUUAGUUUAAAUUAGAAUUCGUUUUAUAGUAACUACCUGAGUUGUGUGUUCA